AGCAGAUAAUCAAUUCUUAAACCCCAAAAGCCAUGUGAUUCUAAUCCCAAUCACACCCACAUGAACUAAAUAAAACUAUGCCUACGCGUAAUCUGGUUUGAAUUUUCUCAGCAACCCACUUUUUUUUCCUUCUCCCCUUUACUAAUCUAUUACUUCUUAGAAACAUUGACUUCCCCAAAAACAAAAUUAAAUGCUCUCUCCCCUUUAGAGUCCAAGCUUCAAUCAUUCACUCUCCUAAAAGGAAACCAACCAGAAAAAAACCAAAGGAAUCAAAAGGAAAGAAGAGCCGAUUUUUUCCAAACCUGAAGUGUUGCAGGGGGUUUGAAUUGGUCAGCACUUUUCACUUUGGACCCUUCCCAAUCCCAAAUCUCUCUACUCCACCACUACCACACACACACUCAAACAAGCUCUUCUUCAAUAUCCUCUUCUGGGUGACCAAAGACUAGUCCAAGAAUUGAAUAAAAUAACUCGGUUUCUCUCCACAGUCAAAUAUUCAAACUUCCAACAGUGUCCACCAUGUGUGCAUGUAUAUAUAUAGCUCAUGGAUCCCUUCUUCACUCUCCAUCCUACCUUCUCUUCUUCCAAACCCACCAAGCAGAAGCAAAAAAGAUUCAAACUUUCUGCUACCCAUUACCGUUUUCGGGUUCUUACUUCUCACUCAAGGUACUUCCAUGGUAUUGGGUGUUCUUCCUGAUUCAUAUUCCCAACUCUGGUCAUCCCAAUUCUCUGAUCACAGCAGCAUUCUGCAGAAGUUUGAAGCUUUGGCUUCUGACGAACCAAGUGGCUCGAUUCUAGAUUAUGCUUGAAGGCUGCUGACGCUGCUUGUCGGUUUGUUUCUGUUGGAGAUUGGCUGGUUCAUAAAAAAGUUGGGGUAGCCAAAGAAAAGAAAGAGCAGACUGAUGGAAGGAGGAGGGUGGAGCUGGGAACAGAGAACACUGGUGAAUGAGCUGAUCCAAGGGAUGGAAUUUGCAAAACAGCUGAGCUUUCAUCUCGAGGGGUCAUCUUCGGUUGAGAAUGCUGAGAUUUUGGUGCAGAGGAUCUUGUCUUCUUAUGAGAAGGCUCUGCUGAUUCUCAAUUGGAGUGGAUCAGUUGGACAUCAACCUCUGCAAGCUGCUGCUGUUACUGCACCAGUAGCUGCUGCAGCUACUGGUUCUGGUUCUGGGGUUCCUGGAUCUCCAUUGUCUACGAAUGGAAGUCCUAGGAGUGAGGAUUUUGAUGGAACCAAGGAUCAUCAAGCUCCCAUUAAUGCCUCCAAGAAGAGAAAGACAAUGCCCAGGUGGACAGAUCAAGUUAAAGUCAGCUCUGAGAAUGGAUUGGAAGGUCCAAUUGAUGAUGGCUAUAGCUGGAGGAAGUAUGGCCAGAAAGACAUUCUAGGAGCCAAAUAUCCCAGAAGCUAUUAUAGGUGCACAUACAGGAACACACAAAACUGCUGGGCUAUCAAGCAAGUUCAGAGAUCAGAUGAAGAUCCUACCAUCUUUGAGGUCACAUAUAGGGGACAACACAGCUGUUCCUUUGGCCAACAGCAAACAGUUGCAACACCACCAGCAGCAUCGCCAGAGAAAAAAGAACAGAUCAAGCACAACUUCAGCAGCAGCAAUCAACAGCAGCCACCGCCUGGAGAAGCUUUGCUUAACUUGCAGAAGGGUCUGAAAGUUGAUACUCGGGAUUUGGACAAGAGAGAGGCAGUGCCUUUCGCUUUUCCUUCCACAUAUGAAUGCCAAAAUAGCAACUUCUCCCAGUCGUUUCUCUCACCAGCCACGCCAGAACCAAACUACUACCAUGUUUCUCCAUUUGUGAACAGCUCUGGAUGGGCACAGACUUUGCAGCAUUCGGAUUCAGAUUUGGCUGAGAUACUCUCAGCUCAAACUUCAGCUACCAGUUCUCCAAUGCUGGACUUGGAUUUCCAACUUGAGCCAUUCGAACUGGUUCCGAGCUUCUCGUACGCCCCCGGAUAUUUCUCUUGA